GUACUGGAUACCUGGUAUGCCGUGGUCUCCCCCUGCAGCAUGUACUCACCUGUUGUUGUUAUUCUGUGUCUCUGCAGGUUUUUAAUCGUUCUGGGAUGCUUGAUUCUCGCCAUUCUGACGACAUUCAGGGAACACGAGAAGGUGUCGGCACACUGGCUCGUCAUACUGGAAACCUUCGCCAUCUUCAUAUUCGGAGCAGAGUUUGCACUGAGGGUCUGGGCGGCGGGAUGUUGCUGCCGCUACAAAGGAUGGCGGGGGAGGCUCAAGUUCGCCCGCAAACCGCUCUGUAUCCUAGACAUCUUCGUGCUGAUUGCCUCGGUGCCGGUGGUGGCGGUGCGUAACCAGGGCAACGUGUUGGCCACGUCCCUGCGCAGCCUGCGCUUCCUGCAGAUCCUGCGGAUGCUGCGCAUGGACCGGAGGGGGGGGACCUGGAAACUGCUGGGGUCGGCCAUCUACGCUCACAGUAAGGAGUUGAUCACAGCCUGGUACAUCGGCUUCCUGUCUCUCAUCCUGGCGUCCUUCCUGGUCUACCUGGUGGAGAAGGACGACGUCUCCAUGGACGUGUCCAACCAGGACAACCCCACCGCUCAACCCAAACCGCAGGACUUCGACACCUACGCCGACGCACUGUGGUGGGGGCUGAUCACGCUGACCACCAUCGGUUACGGGGACAAAACCCCAAAGACCUGGGCUGGGAGACUGUUAGCCGGCACUUUUGCUCUGAUCGGAGUGUCCUUCUUUGCUUUGCCUGCAGGGAUUCUGGGCUCAGGUUUGGCUCUGAAGGUCCAGGAGCAGCACCGACAGAAGCACUUUGAGAAGCGCCGCCAUCCUGCCGCCGGGCUCAUCCAGUCCGCCUGGCGAUAUUAUUCCACCAAUCCAAUCAGGGAAGACCUCAUAGCCACGUGGAGAUUUUAUGAAACCAUCAUCUCUCUCCCCUGUUUCAGGAAGGAGCAGUUGGAGGCCAUGGCGAGCCAAAAACUGAGUUUACUCGAGCGUGUUCGCCUUCAGAACUCGCGGCCGUCGGUCGGGACGGGCCGGAGGCUCACGGGUCACGCCGACUCCAUCGAGGAAAGUCCCUCCAAGGACCCCAAACCGGCCGGCUUCAGCAACCGGGAACGCUUCCGCACGGCCUUCCGCAUGAAGGCCUACACCCUCCGCCAGAGCUCUGAAGAUUCUGGAGCUCUGGGAGAACCAGCCUUAGAGGACCGGGGCUUCCCCGCAGACAUCCUCCUGGAGGAGAUGAUCCCCACACUGAAACUCGUCAUCAGGGCAGUCAGGAUCAUGCAAUUCCUCUUGAACAAGAAGCGGUUUAAGGAAACUCUGAGGCCUUACGAUGUCAAAGACGUGAUCGAGCAGUACUCUGCUGGACACCUGGACAUGCUCUGUAGAAUCAAAUACCUCCAGACCAGGAUCGACAUGAUUCUUGCCCCUGGACCCCCCCUCACCCCCAAACAAAAGAAAACGCAGAAAACGCCUUUUACCUACCCGCCCAGUCAGUCGCCCAGGCAUGAGACCUACCUAGCCAAAGCUGCCUCCAUGCCAGACACCGAAGACCAAAGCAUGAUGGGUAGAUUUGUCCGGGUGGAGAGACAGGUGGAGGACAUGGAGAAGAAGUUGGACUUCCUGGUGGACAUGCACAUUCAGCACACGGAGCACCUGCAGGUGGACUCCGCCGGCGCCGCCCGCAUGACCCUGGAGGCCUGCGGCGCAGCGCCCAACGGCGAGGUCCGCCGGGUCUACUUCAACUACGCCGAGGCGUUCCCGCACAUGGCGUACCAGGUGCCUGUCAGGGGGGGGCGAGGACCGAGCGCCGAGGGGGUCCGGUUGGCCGGUGGUCGGGGACUUUCAGACCAUCACCCCCCGCCGACGUUGCAGCUCCACCAGCGCCGCCCGACGGCCGCCGUCCCCACGUACGCCGAACGCCCCACGGUGUUGCCCAUCAGCUCGCUGCAGGACUUGUCGGCGGGGCCGGGCAGGACCACGGGGGGGUGUCGGGGGGGCGACUCGCCGCUCUCCCUGCUGUCGGUGAACCACGAGGAGCUGGAGCGCUCGCUGAGCGGGUUCAGCAUCUCCGUGGAGCGGGAGGAGGGCGGGGACUUUUCGAUCGGCGGGGCCGCCGGGGCGGCGCCCGGGGCCGCCGGCUCCUCGAGACCCAGACCCAGCUACCUCGCGGAGGAGGAGACGGACACGGACACGGACCCGUUCACGCCCAGCGGGGGGCCCCUGCCGCUCUCCUCCACGGGGGAGGGCUUCGGCGACGCCGUGUGGAACACGCCGCCCUGAGAGGCGGAAAGUCCACAACUCCCGCGGACCUUGAAUCCAACCCAUGCCUCUAAACCCAAACCAGUUUGGGUCAAAGCCACACCGACGGAAGAGCGGUGGCUCUAAUCCACCUUUAUGCCGCGAGAUCACAAGCGGCGAUGUCGUCGUCGACGAUGACGACGGUCGGAGGGCCGACGCCGAUCUCGUUCACCGGCCGCCGCCGCCGCCGCCCAGACAGACCGCCACGGCGUCGAGAAAAAGAGAAGAUAAAAAAAAAUGGGAAAACACAAUAGUUUGUAAAGUAAAACUCUGUACAGCGCUCUCCUAAAAAAAAAAAAACCUAGCUAAAAAAAGACAAAAAAGAACAUUAACACACGUCCUUAUAUACACCCAAAAGCUUUACUGCUGCAAAGCCAACCGCACUGCAUGUGACGCAUGCGAUUUCUAGUGUAGACACUGCAACGUUCAGGAUAUCAGGAAACGGAGAAAGCGAUUGAAUGGAUAUAUAUAUAUAUAUAUAUAUAUUUACUUGCUAUGCCAUUUUGUAACACUUAUUUUUUUAUAUGAAUACAUUUUUUAGUUUUUUUUUGCAUGGUUUGCAUGAUAAUGUGCCAUCCGAGGGGCAGCGCGGUUAGAGGGCGAUAACGGAGCCAAUCGUUUCCCAUCUGUGUUUAUUGUGUGUGUGUGUGUGUGUGUGUGUGUGUGUGUGUGUGUGUGUGUCGUUUAACUACAUUUGUGGGGUCCAAAUGCCGGACCUACUGCUUGUGGGGUCCGGACAGCUCUUUGGGGCCAAAAUGCUGGACCCUAUAACUUUAAAGGUCUGUUUGAGGGUUAAGACCUGGUUUUAGGAUCAGGGUUAGAACUAAGUCAUGGUUAGGGUGAGGGUAAGGCUUAAAGUUAGAUAUUUAGUUAUGAUGGUUAAAGUUACGGUAAGGGGCUAGGGAAUGCAUUAUGUCAGUGAUGGGUCCCCACAAAGAUAGUGAGACGUGUAUGUGUGUUUGUGUGUGUGUGUGUGUGUGUGUGUGUGUGUAUGUGUGUGUGUGUGUGUGUGUGUGUGUGUGUGUGAGAAUAAGAGAGAAAGAAAGAGGGACUUGUGUAACAAAAACAUUAGUAAUUUGCUGACAGUCGGGUUCACCAUUUCUUUGUUGCUUUUCUCACGUUGUGCUGUCAAAAUCGUGGCUUGAGGGUCACUUCUGUCCAGAAAGCCGAAUUUCUGAUCCUUGUUUUUCGGAUAUUUUUGUUUUCACAACACUGUGCUCUUGAGUUUACUAGUUAAGCUAAGUAGUUGUCACCACUUUAUGCAUAGCAACCUUUUACAGUUG